CCGGCGGGGCGGGGAAGGGUGCGGACCCCCAACCUCGGGUGAGACUCUGACUCUCCCCGCUCGUCCCACAGCCACUGUCCGGUGCCGGUUCCCUCCAGCCGCCUGCAGCGGCGGCACCGGUGAGUGCAGUCCGCGCGGCGGAUGCCUUUGGUAAGAUGGAGAAGUUUCUGCAGAUCGCGCCACACUCUUUGGCCAUCGUCCUGGGCCCGGCCGAAAGCCCUGCCGAGGAGAAGCCGGGGACGGUUCAGCCCUCGCCUCCAGUUCCCACCCAACCCCGGCAGCUCGCCCGACACCACAUCGGGUACGAGAUCUUCGCAGAUUUCAAAGCGGAGAACAUGCAACACUUCUGGAACAAGAAGGUCACAGCCGCGGUUGCCGAGACUUUUUUCCUAGGCUGGAUCGACGAGCAGGUCUUGCUGAUCCAGGGCAAGGAGGAGCAUCUUGAGGCGCUGCGGGAGGGCUGGACGCGCAGGGCUCUGCGACCCCCUUCUGGCUUCCAGAUCCGCUGCCUGGGUGAUGUGUCACCAAUCAGUAUGUCCCCCAUCAGUCAGUCUCAGUUUAUUCCACUCGGGGAAAUCCUUUGCUUGGCCAUCUCUGCAAUGAACUCUGCGAGAAAGCCUGUCACCCAGGAGGCGCUGAUGGAACACCUGACCACGUGUUUCCCAGGUGUUCCAACCCCAAGCCAAGAAAUUCUACGGCAUACCCUAAACACACUGGUGCGGGAGAGGAAAAUCUACCCGACUCCGGAUGGCUAUUUCAUUGUGACCCCACAGACUUAUUUCAUUACCCCUUCCCUCAUAAGAACUAACAGUAAGUGGUACCACUUGGACGAGAGGGUACCUGACAGGUCUCAGUGUACCUCUCCGCAACCAGGAACCAUAACGCCCUCUGCCUCAGGCUGUGUCAGGGAUAGGACAUUACCCAGAAAGCACUGCGAGAUUUGCCACUGCUGCCGAGAAGACAUGCACAGCAUGCAUGCCUGCACGCUGCAGAGGAAGCCCGCCAAGGACUGCAAAGACCCUUAUUGCCCUCCUCCGCUGUGCCAGGUGCCACCCACUGAAAAAAGCAAAAGUACUAUAAAUUUCUCCUAUAAGACGGAAACGCUCUCGAAACCUAAAGAUGGUGAAAAGCAGUCCAAAAAAUUCGGCCUCAAGCUAUUCCGGCUGAGUUUUAAGAAAGACAAGACCAAACAGCUGGCCAAUUUCUCUGCCCAGUUUCCUCCCGAGGAGUGGCCUCUGCGAGACGAGGACACGCCCACCACCAUCCCUCGCGAAGUGGAGAUGGAGAUCAUCCGGCGUAUCAACCCGGACUUGACGGUGGAAAAUGUCAUGAGGCACACUGCACUGAUGAAGAAACUUGAAGAAGAAAAAGCUCACCGCAGCAAAGCCGGGUCCUCCGCCCACCACAGUGGAAGGAGUAAAAAGAGCCGGACUCACCGGAAGUCCCACGGGAAGUCUCGGUCGCACAGCAAGACGCGAGUGUCCAAGGGAGAUCCUUCGGAUGGCUCGCAUCUGGAUAUCCCCGGUGAGAGGGAGUAUGAAUUUUGCGAUCCUCUAACCAGGGCCCCCAGAGAGGGCUGCUUCAUCAUUGAGCACAAAGGAGACAACUUCAUCAUGCACAGCAACACCAACAUGAUCGAGUCCCAUUUCCCCAUGACGCCAGAAUGGGAUGUGUCUGGCGAACUGGCCAAAAGGAGAACGGAGAUGCCCUUUCCGGAACCUUCCAGGGGAAGCUCCCACUCCAAAGUGCACCGAAGCCACAGCCAUACCCAGGACCGGAGGUCCAGGAAUGAGAGGUCCAACAAGGCCAAGGAGAGAUCCAGGUCGAUGGAUAACUCCAAAGGCCCCCUGGGCGCUUCUUCACUUGGGACCCCGGAAGACCUGGCUGAAGGCUGCAGCCAAGAUGACCAGACACCCAGCCAAUCGUACAUUGACGACAGUACUUUAAGGCCUGCGCAAACGAUUGGUCAUCAAAGGGCUCAUAUUCCUUCUGCCAGCUAUAAAGAGGUGUGCAUUCCAGAAAUAGUUGGUGGUAGCAAGGAACCCUCCAGUGCUUGUAGCCUUUUGGAGCCAGGCAAAACCCCUGAGAGUGUGCCGUCCUACGGGGAACUCAGCCCUUGCCCGGCGAAAACAGCUGUGGAUGACUAUUUUCAGUGCAACACCUCGAGCGAGACUGUGCUCACAGCACCGUCCCCUUUAGGGAAGAAUAAAGAGGACCAUGACACUUUGACCUUGGUGGAGGGGGUAAAAAAACUGUCUCCAUCUGAGAGGCAGACCCCCCAUUCUUCCAGGGAACCUGUUGGGCACAAGGAGGAGUCACCGAAAGGGCCAGGUGGGGGCCCUGCAGCCUCUGGUGGUAUGGUAGAGGGCUUGGCCAAUGGCCGCCUUGUCCAACAUCACAGUGCAGAACCCAGCAGCCUGGACAAAAGGAAAGAAAUAUUCAGCAAAGACACACUGUUCAAACCUCUCCACAGCACCCUGUCUGUAAACAGCUAUCACAAAUCUAGCUUGUCCCUCCUCAAAUCCCACCCGAAGUCACCCGUUGACACACUGGUGGGCCGAUGUGAGAAACUGGAACCUUCCCUUGGGACAUCCGCGGCCCAAGCCAUGCCUCCGUCCCAGCGUCAACAGGAGCCUGGAGGAAACCAGGAGGCUUCUUUUGACUAUUACAACGUCUCUGACGACGAUGAUUCCGAGGAGGGGGCCAACAAAAACACAGAGGAGGAGAAAAACAGAGAUGAUGUGGGUACGGUGCAGUGGCUCCUCGAGAGGGAGAAGGAAAGAGACUUGCAGAGGAAGUUUGAGAAGAACCUCACCCUCCUCACCCCAAAAGAAACGGAUAGCAGCAGCAACCAGAGAGCCACGCACUCAGCCCGGCUGGACAGCAUGGACAGCAGCAGUAUCACGGUGGACAGUGGAUUCAACUCUCCACGCACUCGGGAGAGCCUGGCUUCUAACACAUCAAGCAUUGUUGAAAGCAACCGCCGUCAGAAUCCUGCUUUGAGUCCGGCCCAUGGCGGGGCUGGUCCAACCUUCAACUUCCGUGCCAGUGCGGAUCCCCCGACCAGCGAAGCUGAGAAAUUACAGAAACCUUCCAACUGCUUGCAAGCUUCUGUUACUAGUGUAUGAUCAUCCUUCUGCCUCAGAUCUUCUGUCUCAUCCGAUACAGCAACGUUUACGACGAUUGGGACUGAUGUUUACAUCUCUGCAAAGACAAACAUCUCAAGCACAGGCUGAGGGUUACUUGAACUGUGCUGCUAAGUAGGCUAGGGCAAAAAAAAAAAAUCUUCAUUUCGGAAUAUUGCUUUUUACACGUAUGGCUCUGUAGCAACCGAAUAGCAGUAGGGAAGAUAUGUACUCUUCUGCUUCACUAACUGUAUCUCAGCACACAUAGGAAAGUCUAAACACUGUAGUGGAACGUGCAUUUUUCAGUGUCAUACAGUUGCCAAUUCCAUUCUGAAAUGCCACAGAGAUGUGUUGCUCCCGGCCGGCCUAUGGGGAAUGGGGCCGAGGAACUAAUCCUUGAUAGCCCUGCUCCCCCUCAAAAAAAAAAGCCAAGUCGCCACAAAAUGUAAAUGUAGGGGUGUCCAUUGUGAGGAAAAUCGAUGCCAAACUGGGCAGAAGGGACCCCCAGCCCUUUGUGUGUGAGUCCUUCAAAGUACCAGUCAUUUUUCCACUGUGAGUUUUCACGACACACUUGCAGGAACCCAUGGAAGCAGGUCAGAGGUCCCGAUGGAUGGAAGUCGUCAGGGUGUUUGUUCUCACUGUUUUCCAGCUCAAUGCUUGUCUUGAGGUUUGUUUGUUGGUUUGUUUUUUUUUUUUAACCUUCCCUAAUGACAAACAGGAAUAUAGGCCUUUGAAGUGGACAAAGGAAGGGAAAUGCAGUCUCACAGGGGUGGGGGGCACCGCCCUGAGUGCUGGACAAGGGUGCUCGGAUGACCAUGAGAUCCUGGAGAACGAUGCCCUCCUCCUUGGGACACUUAGGAUGCGUGAACUUACUGUACUAGAUGCAGUGAUUAGUUUGUUGGGAAGCAAAAUGUUCUUUAUGAUACAAAUGAAGAAUGUGGCCUGAGGGUGUUAUUCUUUCUAAUGGAAGGGACAUAAAUCUAUUUUAUGUAGUUUUAAAUAGAAUGCCUAAAUUAGGCUGUGGGAGAUGGUUUUUAGUGGUUGUAGGAAAGAGCAAAUUUAGGGAGAGUUGAACUUCAGGCCUUUUAUUCCUGGGAAGAUAUCUAUAGAGACAACAUUUAAAGUAACUUUUGAUUAGAAAUAUACAUGGGCCCAUAUAAUGAACAGCGGAAUGGCCUCAUUCUGCUGGUGUGGUAUAUUAAUUUGUACUCCCCUUAUCAGAAUGACAAUUAUGCAUUCAUGAGCUAUGCCAGAGUAAUGUUUACAGAUGCUUUGUAAUGAUUUCAGGAGGCGCGUUCUGGGUGGAUUGUGUGGUCAUCCGCUCAUCAGCUUUUGCAAUGAUUUCUCCACACUAUGCUUUGGUUUAUGACGCCAUGGUUAGUAUCAAUAGGCUUUGCAGGACGGGGAGCACUAGCCAUUACACUUCACUCCUACAGGAAAGGUGCUUUUCCAAAGUCCCUAUUUUCUGAGAAGCAUUGCAUACAGCUGUGGGUACUGGAAAUCCAUCUUCACAAGGGUUAGGUCAGACCCCAGGAAAUGGUCAUAAAUAAAGAAAUAAAGGUUCAGUUGAGUGUCAGAUGAGUUUUGGAGCCAUAUACUAUAAUGAAUUCAUAAAUAAACAACUUAAAAUCAAUAUAAAAUAUUUUCACUCAAGAUUUCAGUAAAAAGCCUAAGUUUGUGAGCUACAUCUUUUUCCGUGUCGGGCUUAAUCACUGGCAGUGUGUUUAAGGGAGCACAAUCAUAUGGAUAGUUGGAAACGUAUACUCAUAUUUUGCCUGCUAUUUGCAAAUUGUGUUGGUUCAAACUGGGCUCCUUAGGUUUGGUAUAAAUAUCUUUUUUUUAUGCUUAUUGUAACAAAGCUCAAGCACUAUUCUCAGUAUACUGCUACAUCGCUGAGAUGCUUAAGGCAAUUGGCUUUGACUCUCAUACUUUGCUCCUCCCAGACACACCUUAGUUGCUCGGAAACACAUUGUUUAUCUCAUGACGUAAGGUCAAGAAAGAGCAACCAUGUAUCUGGUAUACUACAUAGUCUGUUUGCUUAAGGAGCCAUAUACCAUAUGAUUCCUCGAUCUGGUCUAAAUUAAUCCCCUCACCCCCCCCCCAAAGAAAACCUGCUCUGAAACUUUUGGCAUACUCAGUUCAUAAAUAAUAGGACCAUUAAAACACUGCAUUCAACUCUGAUUGACCCUCUGAACGUAGCCAUCAAAAGAGCUGAGCGCUGUGUGAGCAGGUAGGACAUAAUUACGUCUAAGUGAAGCUUUAAAAUAGGAAUUUUUCGAUAGUUCACAAGAAACACGUUUACAGAAGGCAUUAUUCAAACAAAAUGUGUACACUAUUCGCCUAAUCAUUAUGGAAUACAUGAUUUAAAAAAAUAAAUAGACAGAGAACCUCCCUCAGACCAGCAACCAUUAGCAUAGAAUGGUGGGCUUUAAAGAUGAUGUACCACAUAAACAGACAUCCCGUGGAGACACACUCUUGUCUGAAUCUAAUCUGGAUUCGUGAGCAGAGGAAACAUUGGUGGUGGGAAGCACAUGGCAGAUAGGAUAUGCGCAUGUGUCUAAGAUGGUCUCAUCAAAAUGGCGAGACUCUUACUCUCACGGCCUUGGGUUGAGGCUCUCUCCAGGCUUUGCCAAUAUUAUUCUCCACUGGAACCAUAGCUUUGUGUUCCGGGACGGCGUGUCUAGUUUUAGAGUUUAAUCAACAGAAAGGUUUACAAAACUGAGUCUGGUUGAAUCUCUGUGAGGCAUUCAACUUUAAAGGGUCAACACAUCUGUCGGCAUUUUGCACACUUAUGUAUUAUUAUGAUACAGCAUAUUACUUUAUGGUAAUUUUUAUUUUUACAUAUAACUACCUCCAUGAAUCUGAUGAAAUGGCAGCAGAGUGGUAAAGUGUGUUCUUCAGAAAAAAAAAAGCAAUGUUUCAAACAUGGUUCAGCAGUAGGCCAUGGUGUUGCGUGUGUGUCGGUGACUUACCCAUUGGACUCAUGUGUUUCUUUCACAACAUCCUUUGGCUUCCAACUGUAAGCCUGUUGUCCCCUUUCCUCCUCCCUUCUCCCCCAUGAAAGCACAUUUGAUUUGUUACAAAUGAAUGAACCUUUUAAAAUUCCCCACUUCUCCACUCCCGCUAUUAGAGAGAGAGAAAAGUCCUGAAGAGCUACUCGGUAAACAUUUGGCAAGUUAUUAAUUCCUAUAGAAUUUGAACUGGAUUGCUAGGAUUUUUUUUUCCCUCAGUAACAAAAGACGUGAAAAAUUUGGUCUGCCAGCUUUGAAGCACUUUGGACCUCUCUGCUUUUAUCGUAUGCUAUCCUAUGGAGCCCAAAUUUCCUUUUUAUUAAAAGAACUGUGCCGUGCAUUCUGAGAUGUCUGUUAAGUAAUUUAUCUACCAUUUGAUAUAUCUUACACAUCUCAGGAGACCUUAAUGAGUGCAAGAAUAGGGUGUCUACACACCCAAUAAAGAAAACCAAUAGGAAAGCAGAAAUGAGAGUAGCUGGGUAGAAAUAAGAAGUACCCGAGUAUUUGAUGUUGGAGAAUUCACGUUCAGGAAACACGAAUGGAAAGGGAAUGUGGAGGAGCAGUGAUUUGAACACCAGCUGUCCCUAAACGUCUCUUUCAGAAAAGUCAACCAAUAUUGUUACAGUGUACAUUGAAAUUCUGUUAUGACCACCACCAAGACAGCAAUGGCGAUACAUAGAAAAGCAUCCUUUCUCUUUUAAGUUAGCAUUGCUUUGUAAAGUUCGACCUCGGAUUUGCCACUCGCCAUGACAAAGUGUAUUUGAAGAUAAAGUUUGUAACUUCAGUGAUAGGCACAGUUCUCACAAAACCAUUUGGGAAGGGUAGUGUUCUGAGCUUGCGCUAACAGCCAAUGGUAAUGUUCCGCAGCUCAACCGGGGAAUCUCAAAGUGCUUCCAAAGCAUUCGCUGUACAAUUGCAGAGCAGGUCCCAUUUGUCAUACCCAUGUCGACAGGAGCAAACAAACGGGGUGACUCAAGAUCACCCAGAAACACGGAGGCAGCUCUCUCUCUCUCUCUCUCUCUCUCUCUCUCUCUCUCUCUCUCUCAGUGACCUAUUUUCUAUCUGUUUGAUAGGCCAUGGUGAGAAAUCACUAAAAUGCUAUUUUUAUGAUGUGUGCUAAUAAAGAAAACAUUACAGCUUAACACCUUGUCCAUUUCAUUCAAAGAGGUGUGGGUGUUUGCAAUCUCAGCACCUCAGCACCCCUAACUGGUAUUGAGUUAUGAAAUGGAAGAUGAACAGGUCCACACCAGUGCCACUGUCAUGAGAGGCCAGUCCAGACAUCCAUCUUUGUUUACAGUUUCUCAUUGGUUUCCUGUCAUUUCCGUGCUAAAACCCCACCUCCAGGAACAGAGGCUGCUCCAGGCAGUGGAAGGUGCUGAAACAGUUUUGUUUUAAUUUUCCUUUAAAAUAUUUAUCAAGCACUCUUCCCAGUGCUCAGAUAUAUACCAUUCACUGCACCAUAUCAAGCCCUGCUUUGUAGGAUCUGGGAAACUGAUCCAGUUCCAAGAGUUUUGUCACAUUAUGAGAUAGAAGGUCUUUGACAUCUGCUUUCUCCUUUCCACAGACAAAUCCCACAUCCAGCUAGCACUGUAGUGCAGACCACAGUAGACGCAAGAAAUGCUGCUUCCUCCCCUCCCCCACUCACCCACCCACCCAUCGUCAAAGCCAUCCAAUACCGUCCUGUGAGCGAGGGACUCCUUGGCCCAUGUUUAAGGCUUGGGGAAAUUAGAAACAAGAAAAAUUAAUGCAAAAGCCAUGGGGGGCAUUGUUUUUCUUUGGGCUAGUUAAACAUGGCGGAAGAAAGGGAUUGCUAUUGUCUGAGCUUUGCCAAGAAAUACAAAUAGAAUCAGCUGUCACCUCAUCCUUCUUGAAGAAGGUUUUAUAGUAUGAAGGAUGCAAGUGAUACUUUUCCCAUGGAGUUUUCCUUAGGAUAUAUUCCAUAAAUUACACACAGGAGGCAUUUUAUUACUAGAUCUCCUGUGUUUGCAAAAGGCACUGGCUUCUCCCCGAUUGGGGUCUGUCCCUGUAGCUUGCAUCGGCAAUGCAGAGGGGCUCUUCGGUGACAGCUUCUAUAGUACAUAUGCCCGUGUCCUUAUUGUGGCGCACAGGCUUAACGGUUGCAAAACCGAGAAUUCGGCAAAGCUCCAGGGGAACUAAGCGGUCUUGUGAUUGUAUGCAGGCAGUCAGAGGCCUUUGAUGGCCCAUUGUUGGCUUCACUUGUGAACACACGCACCCUUCCGACUAGGAAAAGGGCAUUUCCGAGUGAGGUACCAAUGGCUCUGGAAAGGCAGAAAUGGAAGGUUCGAGCCAGGCUGGUCCUUGUGCACCCGCCUACCUCCCUGUCCAAAGGCUGACCUUGGUACCUACCCAUUCCCCUGCUCUCUCCCCAAAAGAGGUACCAAAUCUGAGACCUGAACUCCCCUACAAUCCCAGCCCUCUCCAGCUCCAGGACCUUCAUCCUAUAGAUCAUUGUUGGCAGCCCUGACUUCCUCACCUCUGAGGGUUAACCUCUCUGCCUCCUUACCCUUCCCCAGCCCCACCUAGAUACCUACCCCACCAUCACCGCUUCCACAUUGGAAGAACAGAAUACUGUGUAGUGUUGUGCACGCAUGCCAGUUAGGAGUAGACCUGCCCGAGGGUCACUUUCAUCUAAGUGUCAACAGCUACAAACAUAAAGUCCUUAGAGCAGUGACAUUGAUACUCUCUGGAAGAGAAUUCACUUUGACCAUCCAAGUUCCAUGGGACCAUGGCUCUGCAGGUGUCCCUCUCUGUGGCUGACUGUGACGAUUACAUUAGGGUCAAUGAGCUAAGAAGUACGCGUGGGAUUCACUAUGUUAGGAAGGAGUUUUGCAGCCAAGACUGCCUUGAAAAAAAUUGUUUUUGCACUGAAAAAAAUAAACUUUAAAUGACUUGGUCUCUGGUUGCUGUGAAGGUCAUCCAAGAUGGAUGUUCUGUUUAUAUUGUAUAGUAUUUCAUAAGAAAUAACUGCAGUUCAUGAACCGUCUUCCCUAAUGUUACUGAUUUCUAACAGCACAUUUGUAACAUGGUUUUUAUUGUGUCUGUGUACCAUAUUGUAAAUGAUGAUUCCUUGUCAUCCUUAGUAUAAUAAGUUAAAAGGAAAAAAAAAAGAGACAGGGAUUUUUGUAAGUCUAUAUUUGAAAGUCCCUCCAUAUGGUAAUAUUGUGUUCAUGUUGUUUAUGUAGCGUUGUGUGAAAUAUCCAUUUUGGAUUGUGUUACUUUUUAAGAUAUUAAAUAACAUUUGGUUAUA